GUGACCCCGGGUGCCCCUUAGUUACGAUACAGACUUCAAACACGUAGGCAGUGUGUCGAGCCGACGUGAAAAACUGAUUACGCCACCAUCUUUGCAAACACGAUCCGUUUAUGUUGACUGUGCUCAUUGCCGAUGCAAAAUGUGGAUGACCUUGCGCAAUGAGGAUAGUGAUAUAAUCGAUGAUGCGGAGUCUGGCAACCUCCCAUGACGUCAUUACCCAUAGGCACACACAACUCCUGCAUGCAGCUGAUGCAUAAAAUGCGAAAUAAAAAUGAUAAACAGACUGGUGCCUAGUGAAGCGAGCGAAGAGGAAAAUCCUCAAGGUAUCAUUACAGUGUCUUCUCUUCCGUGUACUCUGGUUACCAGAUUGAUCUAAACCCACGGAGAAAGGCCGGGCACUUCAUGUAGGAAAGCGUAGCGACUUGGCUUGGAUUUUCGAGAUGUGCGGCUCAUUUGGACAGAUUUUCACAGCAGUUCAGACUUAGCCGUAACUAAUGACAGCAAAUAAUGAAUCUCAGCCGGUGUCGCGGAAUUUAAUGGAGUUUUUGUGGUGCUAUGCGGUGUCUGAAUUCGGCAAUAUUAUUUCCAAGUAGUCCGAUCAUCCUCAUCUGGAGACACACCGUACGCACAUCGGUGGAUCGAGGAGGUGUGUGCACAGAGACUGGCGCCCCUGCGUGCUGCACUAACCGCCGACAUGUCUUUACUCUGUGUGUGUGUCAAAAAGGCCGUCUUGGAUGGACCAGCAGAUAAAUUCAACUCCUACGUGACCCUCAAGCUGCAGAAUGUGAAGUCAACCACUGUGGCCGUUAAAGGGAGCUGGCCUUCCUGGGAGCAGGAUUUCAUGUUUGAAACCAAUCGCUUGGACAGCGGCCUCGUCGUUGAACUAUGGACCAAAGGCCUCAUAUGGGACACCUUGCUGGGCACCUCAUGGAUCCCGCUGUGCAGCAUCGAGCACUCCAACCAGGAAGGAGAUGGCGACUGGUACUCACUAGACCGGGAGGUGGAGGUGAAAAACAGACAGGUGAACGGCACCAAGAUCCCCACCGGACACAAGGUGCUGAUUGACGUCCGCUUUGAGCCGCCGUUUGCAUCUGGACAGGACAAAGAGCUCCAGGAGCAAGAAUCGGCCGUCUUGGAGCGCAAAAUUCGUCUGCUGCAGGAUAUGAUGCAAGGUGGGCAGCCUGCGGACCAACAAGCCCAGCUGCCCAACCAAGCCGUACCCCACUCGCAGUAUCUCUCGGAGGACAGCGAUUACACUAGUGACGUUAACGUUCCCAUAGCAGGGGGUCUGAGCCCACACCUGCACAGUCAGUACCCUGACCACCAGUACCAGGACCACCUACCCGAUCACUUGGACCACCGCCACGACCGCCUAAACCACCACGACGAUCCUCGCCUAGAUCGCAGCCAGGACCGCCUGGAUCACUUGAAUCACCGCCAUCACCACCAUCACCAUCAUCAGGAUCCUUACGACAGCGAGGAUCUGCAUCACCGCCCCCACCAGCAUCACCGCCACCAGGCAGAUGACGAGCCGCUGGACGGCUCCCCACUUCAUGCUGAGGAAGACUACCCCGACUAUGAGCUGGACUAUGACCGGGAAAUGGAAGCUUACUAUGGGGAGGAAUACUCCGAAGAUGAUCACGUCCGUUACGCUGAGGAGGAUCUGGGCGAUUAUGUAGAGGACGACCAAGGAAGUUACUCAGAACCAGGACUUGAGGACGGGCGUGCCCCGUACCCGGAUGAUUAUUACUCGGACGAGUACGACCCCCACUAUCGAGAGCACAGCUUUGACGAGUACAGUCGGGACGAGUUUGAGCAGGGGGAGAGUUUUGAUAUGGCCCAGAGCGACGGCGAGUCGCUAACCAGUAGCGGAGUUGGACAGCGUGGACCCCACCCGGAAUAUAUGUAUGCUCAGGACAGUUUAAGCGGACACGGGAGUAGGCCCUCAUUAGGAACAGAAAGCUUAGUCAGCAGCCAGAUGUCAUCCCCACGAAUGAGCCGGGACAACCUGCACGAGGACGACCCCAGCCUGGACGUGGUGCCCCGUCGUGAGGAGGCCGGCGGGGAGGCAGACUACGAGAGCCACAUCACGCCGGCCAAGGCGCGUUGGCUUAGUGCCUUCCACAGGGUGCGCCAACAGAUGGAAGAGGAGCGCUCAGCUUAUUUGGAAGAGAGUGCGAAUGACCUCUCAGGGCGAGGUCUGUGGAGCAGCAUAGCCAAUGGAGGUCUUUACCUUGACAUAAACUCCAUGCCGGAGAUUCUGCCGCGGCGAAAGUCAAUCCCUCUGGAGAUUGGAGUCAAAAGCUUUUGUUGGUCGUUGGCUGCUAUAAAACGACAGUCUGGCCCCUCCACCUUGGUCACCAGACAGUCUCUGAAUGAUGAAGAAUUGAAAAGCCAUGUCUACAAGAAGUGCUUGCAAGCACUCAUCUACCCAAUCUCCAGCACCACACCCCACAACUUUGAGGUGUGGACUGCCACCACGCCCACUUACUGCUAUGAAUGCGAGGGCCUGCUGUGGGGCAUUGCCCGGCAAGGGGUGCGCUGUGCCGAAUGUGGGGUCAAAUGUCACGAGAAGUGCAAAGACCUGCUGAAUGCCGACUGCCUGCAGCUCUUCAUGACUAAGAACAGCAGAGAGGCCACGGGUAUAGUGCACAAUUUUAUGAUACGCUUACGUGCCAUACCAGCCAUGCUGUUCGGUUGGAAUCUCUGCAAUUCCGACAACACGGACACCGUUUCGGAGGCUGACCAAGUCCGCGAGGAAGAUAGCUUUGAGGAGGAAGACUUUGUAGAGAUCAACACGUCUUCGCUGGAGCGAAUUGUGGCCGACCAACCACAGGAGGGGGCGGCCGAGAAGAGCUCCAAGCAUGGAGCUGAGGACAAGACGCAGAACAUCAUCAUGGCCAUGCGAGACAGGAUGAAGAUCCGUGAACGCAACAAGCCUGAGAUCUUUGAUCUUAUCCAGGAAGUGUUCAACAUUCCUAAGCAGCAGCACGCUGGCCACAUGAAGGCGGUCAAGCAGAGUGUGCUGGACGGCACGUCCAAGUGGUCAGCUAAGCUGGCCAUCACUGUGGUCAGCGCCCAGGGCCUGAUUGCCAAGGACAAGACAGGUACCAGUGACCCAUAUGUCACGGUGCAGGUGGGCAAAGUCAAGAAGAGGACACGGACUGUCCAGCAGAACCUCAACCCGGAGUGGAAUGAGAAGUUCUUCUUUGAGUGCCACAACUCCUCUGACCGGAUCAAAGUCCGUGUCUGGGAUGAAGACGAUGAUCUGAAGUCCAAGCUGAUGCAGAAGCUGACCAGGGAGUCAGAUGACUUCUUGGGCCAGACCAUCAUUGAGGUCCGCACCCUCAGUGGCGAAAUGGACGUCUGGUAUAACCUAGAGAAGAGAACAGACAAAUCUGCAGUGUCAGGGGCCAUCCGAUUACACAUUAGUGUAGAGAUCAAAGGGGAGGAGAAAUCUGUGGCCCCGUACCAUGUACAGUAUACAUGCUUACAUGAGAAUCUGUUCCACUAUCUGAGCGAGCGGGAAGGGGGCCAGGUCAAGCUGCCAGCCGCCCGGGGAGACGACGCCUGGAAGGUGUACUUCGAAGAGACACCACAGGAGAUUGUGGAUGAGUUUGCCAUGAGAUACGGCAUCGAGUCCAUCUAUCAAGCAAUGACGCAUUUCUCCUGUCUUUCCUCCAAGUACAUGUGUUCAGGAGUGCCGGCCGUCAUGAGCACACUCCUGGCCAACAUUAAUGCUUUCUAUGCACACACUACAGCCUCGACUGCCGUAUCCGCAAGUGACCGCUUUGCCGCCUCCAACUUCGGCAAAGACAAGUUUGUGAAGCUGCUUGACCAACUACAUAACUCACUGCGCAUCGAUCUCUCAGCUUACAGAAAUAACUUCCCAGCCAACAGCCCUGAGAAACUAGCUGACCUAAAGUCCAUGGUAGACCUUCUUACCAGCAUCACGUUCUUCAGAAUGAAGGUUCAGGAAUUGGCCAGUCCACCCCGCGCGGCAACCGUUGUCAAGGACUGCGUCAUCGCCUGCCUCAAGUCCACCUAUGAGUACAUCUAUGAGAACUGCUUUGACCUGUACCAGCGGGAGUUCCAGCCAGACCCCUCAGACCGGCCUAGUGAGGCAGACGCAGCCAACGGCCCCAGCGCCAAGAGCCUGGACUUCUGGACCAAGCUCAUCUCCCUGAUUGUCUCGGUCAUUGAAGAGGACAAGACCACUUACACCUCGGUUCUAAAUCAGUUUCCCAACGAGCUAAAUGUAGGGCAGCUCAGCGCAUCCACCAUGUGGAGUCUGUUUGCCCACCAGGAUCUGAAAUACGCCUUGGAAGAGCACGAGCAGCAGAGGUUAUGUACCAGUGCUGAAUACAUGAACCUUCACUUCAAGGUCAAGUGGAUGUACAAUAAGUACAUAGAGACAGUGCCACCAUACAAGGACUCGGUACCAGCCUAUCCGGCGUGGUUUGAGCCAUUUGUCAUGCAGUGGCUGACCGAGAACGAGGAACUGUCCAUGGAGUUCCUGCACGGCGCCUUGGACCGGGACGAGAAGGAAGGCUUCCAGAAGAGCUCGGAGCACGCCCGCUUCUCCUGCUCGGUGGUGGAUGUCUUCACCCAGCUUAACCAGCGCUUCAACAUCAUCAAGAAGCUGGAGUGCCCCAACCUGGAGAUUGUCAAUCGCUACAUGACACGCUUCUCCCAGACGGUGAACAAAGUACUGCUCGCCUACGCUGACGUGGUCCAUGAGAAGUUUGCCAAGUACUGCUGUGCUGACAAGAUAUCCCUGCAGGCCUGCAUCUUAAUGAACAACAUCCAGCAACUCCGGGUGCAACUGGAGAAGGUCUUUGAGUCCAUGGGAGGGGAGAGUCUGGACCCAGUUGCAGCGGACAUCCUCAAGAAGUUACAAGGCAGCCUGAACGAGGUUCUAGACACACUUAGCCACAUAUUCUCCAAGAGCUUGGAGCCACGGUUACAGGAGAGCAUACAGCAGCUGAGCACGCUUCUUAGUGAAGUCAAGGGAGCAGGGAAUGUUGCCCUGAGCCAGCCCAGCCAGAAGGCCAAUGUCCAGGCUGAAGCUGAUAAUGUCCUCAGACCACUGAUGGAUGUCCUCUAUAGCAACCUGACGGAGUUGGCCCAGAAUUGUGAGAAGGCAGUCCUCAAGCGUCUACUGAAGGAGAUGUGGCGUAUCGUGGUCAGCACCGUGGAGAAAGUCGUGGUCCUGCCACCGAUGAAUGACGCCUCGAUGAGCUCAAUUUUAGCCACGCUGAACCCGGCGCUAGCCAAACUACAACAAGUCCAUGGUGCUACAAAGGAGGGGAGCAGGGAGGAGAAUAAGAACCUGACACCCAAGCAGUGUGCCGUCCUGGACAUGGCACUUGAUCAAAUCAAGCAAUAUUUCCAUGCCUCUGGCAACGGUCUGAAGAAGGCGUUCCUGGAGAAGAGUGGAGAGCUGCAGUCGCUGCGUUACGCGCUCUCCCUCUACACGCAGACCACCGACAUGCUUAUCAAGACCUUCGUCCAGAGCCAGACAUCACAAGAUCAGCAAAGUGCAACCAAAUCUGUGGGUGAGGUAUCCAUUCAGGUUGAUCUGUUCACGCACCCAGGCACAGGAGAGCAUAAAGUCACAGUCAAAGUUGUUGCCGCCAAUGAUCUGAAAUGGCAGACUACCAGCAUGUUCCGGCCUUUUGUGGAGGUUUACAUGAUCGGUCCGCAUCUGAGCGACAAACGGCGUAAGCACAGCACCAAGUCCAAAGGGAACAACUGGGCUCCCAAAUACAACGAGACAUUCCAGUUCAUUCUGGGCAAUGAGGAUGAGCCAGAUGCCUAUGAGCUCCACAUCUGCGUCAAGGACUACUGCUUUGCCCGGGAGGACCGGCUGAUCGGCAUUGCCGUCAUGCAGCUGCGCGACAUCGUGGAGUGCGGUAGCUGCGCCUGCUGGUGCGCCCUGGGCCGUUGGUUGCACAUGGACGACACGGGCGGCACCAUCCUGCGCAUCCUGUCGCAGCGCACCAACGAUGAGGUGGCCCGGGAGUUUGUGCGGCUCAAGUCGGAGCGGCGGUCGGAAGGUGGAGAUGGGUGAUAAUCCGGAGUGGGGGGGGACAUCAGUUCAAACAGUGAACCCUCAAGCUGCCCUCACGUCAGUUACCGAGCAAAAAAAAAGUGCCUCCAUCGCAAACACAAUAAAUAAAUAAACCUCCAUAUAGAACCUCUCCGAGGGAGAAUUGUGUGUUUUAACAGUUGGAGCUCUUCAGGGAUUUCAGCAAGAAGAAUGUGAUACCAGAAGAGUUCAAGCCAAAGACGCAGCUGCCACUAGUUAGAAAGCUAGAAUGGUAACCGUCUGAAAGGGACCAGGUAUGUCUGUUGUACAGAACAGUACAGUUCAGUAAAUUUGAAGCUUUCAAGGAAGGUGUUAUAAGUAUAAACUAAGUCAAUUUUGGUGGGGCUUUCUCGUCAACAUUUACCAGUGUUAACUUUCCAAGAUUUAUGAGACAUUUGUCACCCUUUUUAUCCUCUGAACAAGUUUCCUGCCCUUAAAAAUUGCUUUUUCAGUAUCGGCGACUCCUUAGUGUGGUUGUCAAAGUGUUACUUUUCAUCAAAUAAUUUUUUACGUGUCUGAAGAAAGGAGUUCUCUUUCUAAACACCAUCACAUAAAGCUAUAAUGCCACAGGCAGACCACACGUGCAUCACUGUGUGAAGUUUAACAAAAGUAAAUAACUGCAUCUUAUGAAGUGCUGCCUUGCUGAACAUGUCUUCAUUUCUCAUUGCUUCAUUUGCUUCUUUACCCAGAGCUUGUCAGUUUUGUUUCAAUCAGUGUAAAGCCUGUUUCCUAUUUACCAUAGCUGUGUGGAAAUCUAAGUUCAGUAUGUCGCAAAAUCAACAGAACUUUUUUGAAACAGAUAGCAGUGUCGAUUUUGAUACAUCCAGAUAGGGUAAUAACAAAUUUGCCUUCUUUCAGAGCUGAAGAUAGGACUUGGACAAGUACAUGAAAAUGUUCUUCCCGUGGUUUUAGGGCAGUCCAGUUGACCAGAUUUAUGGUGUUCAUUCUCAAAACGAAGUUGAACAUUGGUAACCAGUUAGUUUUGGGCAUAGUGAGUAGUAGCGUUCUUGCUGAUACAGUUGACAGCAAAUGGGUUCACCACCCAAGAACUCUGUGGGGUCUUCAGAUGGUUUAUUUUUUUGCCCACAUCCCAAACACUGUCUCUUCUGUGUUUCGUUUGAGUGAUGACAUUAAUGUCUUAAGCAUGCUGCUCCAAAUUCACUGAACACUUGCUGUUUCAAAGUUGUACCUGACCAGAAACCACUGGGAAGACUUUGUGUGUGUGUCCUUUCAAUAAGGGAACUCAUCGGCAGUCGCAUUUUUGGUUUUCCCUUUUGUCUUUUCCUCUCUCAAAUUUUCCAGUUACAAAUUUAAUUCCACUUAAUUUUGUCAGAUCACUUUCAUCUGCUUUGUACAUAUAAAUAUAUAUCACGUGAUAAAUUGUGAGAUUUUGUACCAUUAUCAUAAAACAUUCCGAAGAGAAUGCCAUUCAUGCGAUACAGCUCAUUGCUUGUUCCUCUUAAUUUAAGAAAAAUCUUUAGGCCUAUUUCUGGUGGUGCAAUUUCAAUCAAAAAAUGCAGCAACAUUGAUUUCUUUGCUGUAUUUAGUGAACUCUUGCUUUGAAGAAAGUACAUGAAAAUCAGUGAUCUUCAUUUGAAGUCGGAAAACAUUUCCACGUCUGUCUUUUUUUUCCUCUGUAGUUUAGUCGUUCGGUGUAAAUGAAAGAAUUAUAUAUCAGAAUAUAUUAUGAAUAUUCCUAUUCCUUUCUAUGACUUGUCACAGCACCUGCUGUCUUGUAUAUCUGUGCCGUUGCAUGAGUGUAAUUUCUCUACAGCACUUCAGCAAAUUAUGAGUAGUGUAUGAUAACUGUGAGGAAACGAGACCUUCACUGUGUACAAACAUCAACUUUUCUUGACUUGCGACCCGAGUAAUGCGCGUGAACACAUGGUGUUACUACCAAGUGCAAUUUGAUAACUAUUAACAUUCAACUCUUAUGGUGCACCUUAAAAACUAUUUGGAAAGAAAUUAUAAAUAAACAGGUUUUGGUAAUUGUUUUAAACAUUUAUCCAUGUAGCUGUAGAACGUUUAUCAAGAAUGGUAAUCUUGUUUAUAUUGGGUAAGUACGGUACUAAUUUUAAAAAAACUAAAAUACUAAACAUUGUUAAAUUUGACAAGUGCAAAAUUCCAAAAAAAUCGAAUUUUUAUAAACAGAACUUGAUUUGCAGUUGAUAAAACAAACUUUUGAUAAUGAUUCAACUUACAACUAUCUCCGUUAAAUUCAAGUCUAGAAUUUUCGACUUAUGCGUUAACUAUUCUCAAGUAGACCUAGGAUCUUUUCUAAUAUCUAUAAUGUAUGAUUCCGUUGUGGAUGAAGCAGUUCCCACAGAAAUUUGUGUCGUAAUGUUUUAUACUUGAACCUAUACUGACCAAUCUGCUUGUUUUAUCUCAGAAAAUUCAACUUUAUAAAGAACACAUCAAUUUUUAAAUCGCCCAAAUUGUCGUCAUUUUUGUCACUACCUCUUAUCAUUUAAGGAAACCUACCCUAAACUUAACUUUUUCUCCUCUGUAAUGUAUUUAUGAUAUUGAAUACACCACACGGUUUGUGUAUCUCGUUUCUCAUUGUUGUUAACAUGUGUCCUUGGGUCUUCACAGACUCGAGAUGAACGGUGAAAUUCUGAUGAAGUUAUGUUCACAUAUCACAGUACGUACUGAACAGAUAUUGGCAGGAAACCAGUUUUGAGCGGUACACACAACUUACGACAGUGUACGUAUGUGCUUCUACAAGCGCCCAACGUGCGUGCAUGGUACACGGGGACCUGUUAUUGGUUGGCACGUACCGUGAUGUAAUUGUUUCUUGGUUGCCUGAUUGGCCUGAAUUACGAGUAAGCCCAAGCACUUGUUACAUGUGCAGAUAAACCCAUUAUCACCGGCCGAGAGGUCCGAAGACCAUAAUGACGCCCAUUCGACAUAUUUUUACACCAAUGGUCAGAUUAACACGGUACACUGGAUUCACUAGGUCUGACUUCUCAACCAUUAGGCCUACGCAAAUAUUUUGAAUUCCCAGAGACUCAAAUUAGUAGCAAUAAUUUAAGUGUGCCGUCUCUUUAUACAUUACAGUAUAAUUGUGUUUGUCUUCAUUUACUGUUUGCUUAAGUUUGAUCAUUCUUUAACCACUCUGAUCAAAUUUCUCUCGAGUCUACCAUUCCAUAGUUCCCUUCAUGAUAGUAGAAUUGGUACACAGCUUUAGGCCACACACUGCAUUUCAUACUCCGUUAAGGAGCCUAUGCACGAACUGCAUGCAACAGUAGUGUAGGUAUAUACCAUUUAAUUCGCUUCGUUAUAUUUUGAUUUAUGAGAAGGGAGGGUGAAUCGCUAACGAAAAAAAAGAUGUGGAAGAGAUGUGUAAUAUAUGCAAAAGAAAUAGUGGAUUGUAAAGUGUACGAUAGUGUGAAGGCAAUGUAAAGGCAGAAACAGAUGUGAUAUAUUGUAAAUUUCUUUCUUUAUAUUUUAUCAGGCCAUUUGGUCUUUUGUUUCCUCUUACAACAAUCCGUACAAGUUUUACGAAAAUGUCUUCAACCAAAAUAGCUGCCAGUCUUUGGCGAUAUGUAAGGCAAAUAUUCGCGAGAUAGAUAGGGUAGCGGACACUUCUACCAUUCUAUUCAGAGGUCCAUAUCUCUUUCAGACAGUUCUUGAAAGUUUAUGUGAAAUGAAAGCUCCGUGAAAGUCCACCUGUCUGUAUUUUCCAUUUGAGACCAAAAUACUACCCUUGAUACGCUGUUCAUUCUUUUGUAUCACGUUAUUUUAGCACAAUGUUUUAUAAACGAUACCAUUUUGUAGAGCCCGUAACUACGUCGUAACUUGAAGCUAUUGGCUGUAUAUCCUUUGUAAAGUGUAGUUAAGACACUGGAAGGUGCUAAACUAUUUUUUACUAGAGUUAUGUCAGUCGGGUGUCUAGUAGGACAUUACCGUUAACAGUGUAUCAGCAGAAACGUCACCCAGUGGGAGACUUUGAGACAAAGUGGCGACAAACACGCCUGUCCUUUUUAAUAGUCAUGAGCAUGCACGCGUUGUUUUGAGCAUGCGUGCAUAGUUCUGACCACGCGCAAUACCUUGAAAAAGGACCGGUAUGUCUGCUGCCACCAGCGUCUCAAAGUCUCCCAUUCACCUUCGAUGAGAAAUUGUCAUUAGUUAUCAUAGCCGGUUGUUUUAAUGUCGGGGUUCAAAGGAAUAUGAUAAUCGGCACGGCUCAUCAGUUUUUGCGAACAUCUGCGAUUUAGUUUAAUCUGUGAAUAACAAAAGCAUGUUGGUGGACUUUUUGAGACGCACAUUCUAAUGUUUAAGUAAAUCGUAGAGAAACAGGACAAAAAGUUUUCAUUUUCAGGGGGUUUCGUGUUUACUUUAAUAUAUGGAUUGGGGAAAAAUUCCUAAACGUUUACCAAAUGCACGCUUUACUUUAAAAGAGAAAACAGUUUAAUUGGAGUUUUGUUCUCGUCUAUCGCUUUGUUUUGCCUGUGAAAAGAUUAAAAGUUUAAAUAUAUUUAUCGGUUAAGAGAAAUUAAUUUUGCGCUUUUCACUUCCGUAUUACUAGUGAAGAGAUAAUAUGCUUUACGAUCAUGUGUGCCCUCUGUCAUUUUGUUUUCAAGAAGUGGCAGCUAUUGACGUUGAAGCUGGAAUCGACGAAUUGGAAACAAUUCCACUUCAAAUCAUUGUUUUGUAGCACAUGGCACUGAAGGCUUGAACGCGAUGGUUCUGUUGAUCGACACCGGUCUUUCAAAGCUCCCUCGUUUAUCCUCAAUAAUGACCGCACUGCAUGUUCGUGUAUUUGUAACAUGAUACAUGUUUGAUCAGUGACCUGUACACGGAAUGUACCCAAGAUUAUAAUUGAGACCGUUGUGUAAAGUUUGUCACAUCUCGACGUUGCACUGGUGAGUGUUUACAAAAUCAAUGUCCAUGAUGCAGUACUGUAUGAAUACCAACUCGCCAACAAAAAAAAAUGUAAUUUUUAUCCACAGUUUUCUGUUAAUUGGAGUAAAGUUGUAAGUCCUCGUAGUUUCUAAUCAACCCUUUCAGUCUAGCCUCGAGAGGAAAGUUUGGAGGCAAAUUAUUUCCGUGUGUUUAGAUCUUUCACUUUGGACUUCGAGUGAAAUCCACGUAGGUCGCUUUGCGGUGUUACGAGUAGAGGGGGCGGGGUUGCAUUCAGCAGGAUACAUGGAGUGUUGUAAUAUAAUAUUUUGAAACCUGUGCCAAGCAGUUCCUUGAGAAGUAAAAACUAAAGUUGCUGUGCAUUGCACUUUUACAACUAGUGAAAUUUUGUAACUGGUAUGAACCGCCAGUUCAUUAUUCCUGUAAUGCUUGCUUUAACGGGUUUGGUUUUGCCAAGAGCAUUAGUAAACGGGCAUAGAGCUCUGUUCCUGGCAGUAUUUAGUACCCUUAUCGAAACGAUGAGAAGCUUGUUAUGUUUAAAGUACCGAACGGAUUUGGGUUGUUUUAAUCCACAGAUGAUCAAUUUAUUAUCAACCGAAUCUGCUCGGGAAAGUGAGUAGAUUUCGUGGCCAGGUCGGUGGCAUAGUGUCUCCCUAAAUAUGUUGCGCACUUGCCCCUGUAGUGUUUACAGUGGGUUCACAUUUUCCUUGUUCAAAAAAGUUUCUGCUUGUGGUGCAGUACCCACGUACAUUGUAUAUAUAUGAUAAACGAUCUCUUCACUCGGUCUUUCUGAUAUAAUAAAGAAAAUGUGUUUUUCCCUCACACAUCAUAUCAUUUUUUUGAAGUGGAUGUGUUAACUGUUUCUGGUGAAACGUUGUACGACGUAUUGCCGGAUCAGCGGUGUCGGUUUUUGUGGUACUAAAUUAUUUCGAAGCAAUAUUCGUCACUUUUAAAACGCGGCCUUGUGUAGGCCGAGCUCCUCUCUGGUAUCUAACUGUAUAAUGACUGGAGUCAAUAAAAUUCAAGAAGUACAAGAAGUAA